AUGUCGCUCGUGUCGCCUCUUGGAUUCCUUUGGUUGAGCUCAAUUAUCAUUUCGAGCUCAGAGGGAUUGUGUUGCCUUCAGUGGACUCGGUUCGAUCGCGAGCAGAGUGCUGUUUGUCAGCGCUCUUGUCUUGGGAUACGGGGAGGAAAUGAUGGCGGAGAUGAGAAGAACGCUUCUGUUCAAGAGGGAGCUCCACACAUGUUGAGUGUCUAUGACAUAGCCAUUGACGCUGCAGAUAAGAAUGGCAAAAAAUCAAGAAAACAAUUCACAAAUGCCGUCAUGCAGGGGAGCUCCAACAUUCUUGAUCUCGAGAUUCUGACAAAGCAGGACGAAGGGAUCGAGGGGGUGCAAUCAGAAAUCGAGGGAGAACAACAAGAGAUGAAAAUUGAAGAGAUCGGAGAUGUACAACAAGAGAUCAAAGGUGUACAACAAGAUAUCAAAGUUGUACAAAAAGAGAUCAAAGGUGUACAAAAAGAGAUCACAGAUGUGUUGAGAAGGAUGCAAGAUCAAAAUGACCAAAUGCUGAAGGAGGUCCACAUGCAGCUUGUGCAGCAGCUUGUAGCGUACCAGCAGCAGCUUGUAGCGUACCAGCAGCAGCUUGUAGAGGACAAGAAGCAGCUUGUAGCGUACCAGCAGCGGCUUUUAGACAGGGAGAAGCUGCUCUUGGACAAGGAUAAGCAGGUUGAGAGGCUUAUUCCACGUCCUGUGCAACUUAGAGACAGUGUGUCAAGACCUGAAGGUGAAACAGAAUUGAAUGUGGCUAUCAUGGGUACUAACAGGACUUAUGCUAGUUGGCAUGCUAAGUUUCUUGAAAGAGCUCUGGACUACCGCAUGCGCAGGAAAGGAGGCCACGAGACACUUGGAAACAAGCUCUUCAUACGAGAGUGCUACUUCGAGAUGAGGCGGAAAAUUGCAGAGGAUUUCAAGUUGGACCCAGAGACGCUAGAGGGCAUGGACACCAAUCAAGGAUGCCAUCAAGUGAUCCUCACAGGUACUCCAGGGAUCGGGAAGUCCUGCUUCGCAUACUUCUUACUUCUUCAGCUCCUCCGGCCUGGUGAGGAAGUAGUGUAUCAGAUAGGGAGUGAAUAUUGGUACUUUGAUGGAGAAGCAUGGAACCUGUUCAUGGAUGGAUCCGUAGCGCAACGCUUUCUCCAAAUGUUUAGGCGCUGGUAUAUCUGUGAUCUGUACAAAAACCAGGGGAGCUAUUCAAUGUCACGAACCGCCAAAACAAUCAUAAUCUCUUCACCGAAGUAUGGGAUGUUCAAGGACAUUGUGAAUACUGGAUCGGCGAAGAGAUAUUUCUUGCCGUUGUGGUCAGACGAUGAGAUGUCACUCUUCAUCAUGAUGCAAUGGGGGCGUAUUGACUCCGAUGAAGUGAUGAAGAUCGUAGAGGAUUGGGGCAAUGUGCCGAGAAAUAUCGUCGUGAAACCUUUAGAGACACUUGAGCAGGCUGUUGAAGGAAUAGAAUCAGUGUCAUCACUCAAGAGGAAGAUGGAUGCAGCAGUGAAUGAAGACCUUGGAAUGCCAUCGAAACUGAUUCACCUUUCCCCCAGCACUGACUACAGAUCCUUUACCGCUCGAAUAUGCUCGAAGAAGGCCGAGACGAUGAUAUUUGAGGCCCUUGUGAAAAGGGAUUGGGAUCAUGUUGUCGACUUUGCUUUUUCGAGUCCUAAUUCUGGCUAUGAGUCAGCAGCAGGUGUAGCUUUUGAACACAUUGCGCAUGAGGUGCUGAAGGGAGGAGGAAAAUACAAUCUGCGAAGGCUGGAGAAGGAUAAGGGCGAUAGAAACGGGUUAAAGAAGCUGAAGUUGAAGAGAUCGCAACCGUACAUUGAAUUUGCAUCAUCAAUCAGAGACUUGGAGGAGUGGGUGAUCAUGCCGAAUGCAUACUGUAAGCCAAAGGCAUUAAACUUCGCUUGCAUGGAUGGGAUGUCAUUGUCUGCCAGCGGGGUUCUCUACAUGUUCCAGAUAACACGAGCGGGGAAACAUCCUAUCAAAGUGGACUCAUUGCUCAGCAUCUUGAAAGCUCUGCAAGUCAAGAACAAGUUUGAGAGGGUAAACUUUGUGUUCGUUGUACCUUCAGGGCAUGAGGAAAUGCCCUGCUGGGGACGAGAUCAAGGCUUGACAUCUCAGGGAGUGAAGGCAAACCAGGAGCAGGAGAGUCAAAUGAGGGGAGUAACUCAGUAUAUCAUGAUGCUUUCGAAGGAGGAUGCGAUGCGGAGGCCAAGGGGAUUGAGUUUCGCUCCGCAGCAUACGUAG